AUGCCCGAGGGAUUACCAAUUGACCACGAACAAGUCUUAAACGGGACAAUGGCAGCCUACGCACAGCAACUAGUUAUAUGCACUGACCAACGAGACUGGACAAGCCGCAUUGAAAACGACGGAGAAAACAAAAGCUGGGGUGACCUGCCUUUCAAUAAUGUCCUCGUCUCUACUUCGUCUAUCGCCCCUGCUACACAAGGCCCCUCCACUGCCUCCGCACUUCUUUUCCCCAGCUUCAAAUACAUCCCCUCCAUACCAGUAGAAGCUGGAAAAUUGUCUAAUGGAGCCGCCGAUUUGACUUCGUUUGUCCGCGCAUUUCUUCUGCCUGAACGCCUACACGACAUGCACUCCGCGCUACCGGAAGCCAAACGAACAGAAAUGACCCGGGUUCCCGAGCUUUCGUCCAACUUUAAUGGCAUAAUUGACAUCAAUCACUCGCCUACAAUCCUGAUCUGUGGUCACGGAGGUCGAGACAUGCGCUGCGGUGUCAUGGCGCCCGCUCUGGAAAGCGAAUUCCAGCGCGUGCUUCAAGCGCAAGGGUUCAAUUCUGCCAGCGGUGACGGUACCACCAUUGACGAUCCCAGUCAUGCCAAUAUCGGUUUAAUUAGCCAUGUUGGUGGGCACAAGUAUGCCGGUAAUAUUAUCAUCUACAUACCGCCCAAGAUGACGGUGGGAGCUUCUGCUGAGCCUCACCCGCUGGCGGGUAAGGGAAUUUGGUACGGCCGAAUCGAGCCCAAGCAUGUGCAAGGACUAGUCGAAGAGACUAUCCUUGGGGCGCACGCCCGGAGCUGCGCGCGCCCUCACCAACUCCGAUUCCCUCUCGCGUCCAAUGCCUUCACUCGCCUUGCGACAACUUCCUCUAUCUCUCGAAAACUCGACCUUCCGGCCCUCGACAAGAAAUGGCAGGCGAAAUGGCAAUCCGACGCGACUUUAGCCCAGCCCGCGCCCGAGAAAUAUACCGAGCCGAAGCCGCAGUCCUAUGUCCUUUCGAUGUUCCCCUACCCCUCCGGCACUCUGCACAUGGGCCAUGUUAGAGUAUAUACGAUUUCAGAUGUGCUGUCGCGAUUCUACAAAAUGCGCGGACAUGACGUCCUGCAUCCAAUGGGGUGGGACGCCUUUGGGCUCCCGGCAGAAAAUGCGGCGAUUGAGCGAGGCAUUGAUCCGGCGGAAUGGACGGAGCAAAAUAUGGCCAAGAUGAAGGAGCAAUUGCGCGGGAUCUCGACUUCGUUUAAUUGGGACAGGGAGCUGGCAACUUGUUCCCCCGAAUUCUACGCGCAAACACAACGGAUAUUUUUGAUGCUGUACGAGAAGGGACUUGCGUAUCAGUCUGAGGCGCUUGUCAACUAUGACCCCGUUGACAAGACAGUGCUGGCCAAUGAGCAGGUGGAUGCCAAUGGAUUUUCGUGGCGCUCUGGAGCUAAGGUUGAAAAGUUAAACCUCAAGCAGUGGUUCUUCCGGAUCACUCAAUUUAAGGAAGAGCUCUUGAAAGACUUGGACUCACUUUCUGGGGGCUGGCCCGAGAGAGUGCUAUCCAUGCAGCGAAACUGGCUCGGCAAGUCCCACGGAGCUAAAGUAAAAUUUCCAGUCACCAUCAACGGAGAGAAAGAGGUUGAUGUUGGUGUUUUUACGACUCGCCCUGACACACUAUAUGGCGUUGAAUACCUGGCUCUAUCGUUGAACCACCCCAUCGUGUUGGAGGCAGCCGAAAAGGACCCGGCUCUUCGCAAAUUCCUGGAUGAGGCGGCCUUACUCCCACCUGACUCGAAGGCCGGUUAUAUUCUCAAAAGCGCCGAGGCGUCGCACCCCCUUUUGAAAAUCGACAAAAACAGCCCCCAUCUGCAGAGGAAGCUACCGAUUUUCGCGGCACCCUAUGUGCUAAGCGAUUACGGCGAAGGUGCAGUGAUGGCUGUUCCUGGUCAUGAUGCCAGGGACCUGUCAUUUUUCAAGGAAAACAUGAAUCCUGAGUCGAUUCCUAUUGUCAUUAACUCAGAACCUCCGAAAUCUGAGGAUGGUGGCCUUGUGGAAUCGGUCAUCCCUGCUCGCGACGCGACGGCUUUUACCCACGAGGGUUUCCUCUCUUCAAGUUGCGGGAAAUACCAAGGCCUGUCAUCCAAAGAAGCUACGAAACAGAUUGUUACUGACCUCGAGAAAGUGGGACAAGCUGAGUUCAUGGAGAACUGGCGGCUGCGGGAUUGGCUAAUUAGUCGGCAACGGUACUGGGGUGCCCCGAUUCCAAUCAUUCACUGUGGAGACUGUGGCCCUGUCCCUGUACCCGUGAAAGACUUGCCCGUUAAAUUACCCAAGAUCGAAGGUGACUGGCUGAAGGGCAAGAAGGGCAACCCCUUGGAGUCAUCCGAAGAAUUCCUCCACACCAAUUGUCCCAGCUGUGGAGGGCCAGCGAAGCGUGAUACAGAUACCAUGGACACAUUUGUAGAUUCAUCAUGGUACUACUUGCGCUUUUUGGAUCCCAGAAACAAUGAUGCUCCAUUCUCGCCAUCUGUCGCUCGCCCUGUGGAUUUCUAUAUUGGAGGCGUGGAGCACGCCAUUUUGCACCUACUUUAUGCCCGCUUCAUUUAUAAGUUCCUCGCACAGUCUGACCAAUUCCCCGACAUUCCUCAUGACAAGGGUCUGUCAGCACCUGCAGAACCUUUCAAGACCCUUCUCUCCCAGGGUAUGGUGCAUGGAAAGACUUUCAUUGAACCGUCAACGGGUCGAUUCUUACAUCCGUCUGAAGUGGAUAUCUCAGACCCGGAAAAGCCCCUGAUCAAGGGAACCCAAAUCACCCCCAACAUCUCCUUUGAGAAAAUGUCCAAAAGCAAGCAUAACGGUGUUGACCCGACCGAUUGCACAACUAAGUACGGAGCUGACGCUACCCGCGCGCAAAUUCUCUUUGCUGCCCCAGUGAGUGAAGUGCUGGAGUGGGACGAAGCUAAGAUCGUUGGCAUUGAGCGCUGGUUCGGCCGUCUAUGGAAACUUGUCAUUGAUGCUCAAGAAAUACUGCAUAAAUCGAGCUUCACGAUUCCCGCCUCUGACCUGGACGCUUCAAUUGGCCACGUAGCUUCUCUGCCCCCUUCAUUGGAGGCGCUCAGCGAUUCUGAUGCAGAUGCAAUCCUGGCUACUCAUAACACCAUCACUUCUAUUACAUCAUGCAUUGAGAACAACCCCUAUGGUCUCAACACUGUCGUCUCAGAUCUGACAAAAUUGACCAACGCUCUCGGCUCGGCUCCUCCAUCCUCACCUCUUAUUCUUUACCUCUCUGUCUCCGCCCUCCUCCGCCUUCUUUCGCCCAUUGCCCCAGCACUGACUUCGGAGUCAUGGGAAGUACUGCACAAGUCCCUAGUUCAAGGGGCCAGUCCUACCACCGUUGUUCCAUCCAUCCAUGCCUCGUCCUGGCCAACUCCACUUCUCUCAUCCGAACAGGUUGACGCUCUUUCUGCCCGUGGGGGCCAGACUGUGGCUAUCCAGAUUAAUGGAAAGAUGCGAUGUGCUGUCAAUAUUCCACGGAUGCCAUCUGCUGCGCCUACCUCCCAGGGAAAGAAAUCCGGUCCCACGCAGGAAGAACAGGAAUGGAUAAUAGGCCAUGUUCUGGAGACCACCGAAGGCAAAUUUUGGCUGAAAGAAAAGAAUGACUGGGAGAAGAGACGACGGGUGAUAGUUGUGAAGGGUGGUAAGCUGGUCAACGUUGUAUUCUGA